AUGGAACGGCUCCCUCGUUACUGCGAAACACUCGAGCCAGAGACCUUCUAUGGUGCUCAAAUGCCGGAUAGAGGCGACUCGACGACCGGCGCAAAACUAGAUGCGCAUCCCGGCGAGAGAGAAUGUUAUCUAGUAGUGCUAUCCUCACCGGACGUUCUGGGCUCCAUUUCGAUCGACAUUGUAAUCAGAUGUGAUUUCGACAAUGUACACUGCGCGCUGGGCUAUUCGGUCGAGUGGAUUCAAGGCCACCCACAAGCUUAUUGCGCAGCGAGGCGCAAAUGUAUCUGUCCAUCUCUGAUAUCUUACAAUUGGACGCGAACGAGACACGCUGGGGAACAAGACUUUGGCUUUGCUAUCUGA